AUGGAAGAAGGUUUUAAACGGCUUAAGGCGAUGAGAACGGUGGUGUGGUGGGACCUCCACACCUGUCCGGUUCCCGAUGGCUACGACGUUCGUCGUGUCCGACCGUGUAUCGUAUCGGCGGUGAAGAAGCACUUUGGUUCUCGUCCAGUAGUCACCAUCUUUGCCAUUGGCAACCUAGAAAUCAUCUCUCCUCUUCUCUUGAAAGAGAUCUCCUCCGCUGGAAUCCAUCUUUACAUUUUGUAUCAGCUUUUGUAUCAUUACAUUUUGCUAACGUCUAACCUUCAAAAUCAUCUCGGUUUCAGCAUCACUUGUUCGAGCGUCACUGGGACGGGCAUUCUUUUAAUGAAUUCGAUGAACCUCGAUUGUCCUGCCGAGUUUGCGAGUAUCAUAGCUGCGACCGACAUAACAUGUUCGUCCACAUCAACACUGCACAUCCUGGUGCACCAUGCCCUGGCAAGUUUCAGUUACUUGGUUUCAAAAUGUUUAUCUAAUGUAAUGUUCGAUUGGGGUAAACUAAUUGCGAUUUGUUUUCUUCUUUUAGCUUUUCCUACAACCACUGUUUACCCGCUGCUCCCUACAACCACCGUGGUGUUGUGGGACCUCAACACCUGUCCGGUUCCCCCUGGUUAUGACAUUGGUUGUGUCCGUCCGAGCAUCGAGUCCGCGUUGAAUAAGCUCUUUGGUAGUCUUCCCGUCACCGUCUUUGCCAUUGGCAACCUAGACUUGAUCUCUCCACGGGUCUUGAAAGAGAUAUUUUCCUUUGGAAUCCUUCUUAUACACUCCCCCUUCGGUUAUAACUUCCUUCUCUUCUAUGGGCACACUAUUCUGCGUGCCUUUCCAAAGUCUAAGCCAGCCGAAGCUUUCGGCUCUUAUGAAGAGUGGUGCUGGGAAACUUUACUUGAAGAGAAUUCGUCUCCUCCCCUUGAGACAAACAGCCAGGACAAGUGCACUGAAACUGGUGAAGAUGCCUGCUUUUGCCUACAAUGCGAAGUUCCUGUCAAAAGCUUUGAUGGUUUCAUCGACCAUCUUCAGAGUAAAGAACACAAAGAGGAGCUGUGGGCGAACGUGCCACUAGACACGGACAAUAACCCCAUCUAUAUCUGCGAGCUGUGCAACUAUCCUGCCGACAGCAAUGAUUUUCUGACCCUCCACUUGAAAAGUGAAGAACAUUUACUGAAGGAGGAGAAGAUGACUUGA